AUGGUUCAAACAUUAGAGGAAAUCAAGGGUGGAGGAGGGUCCAUAAGGGUGGGAACCACUGGCACAAUCAGUGCCCUAAUGUCAAGAGAAUUGGAUUCCAUAAAACCAGCUUCUCAGACCCCAGAAACAAGCAGAAACAAGGCUCCUUCGGUCUGUGCUUUCGUGGUUGGUGAUGCUACGAGUCCUAAACGGGUGAAAUCAAGAACGGUGUCAGCAGAUGAAGCGAGCAGCAGCGGUGGAAAUCAGAGAAGCCCCGAUGAAACGGUUUGCAAGACGAGGAACUACCAUAGGAGGACUAACCAAAUUCCUAUAUUGGAAUCGUUGGAUAACGUCUCUGUGGAUGGGACACCAGUAAGACAGAAAGGGGAAAAAAAGGAGCUUACAUGGUGGAAAUUGUGGACAUAA